AUUAAUAUUAUUACUUGUUCUGAUUGAUAACGCGCGCUCGCACAAUGACCUCCCUUCCAUGAGAGGUCGUUCACAGUACGCAAUGAUCUACAAGCAAUAUCUGCCGCCUCCCAUUCGCACUGACCUCGCGGGGCUAGAGGCAAUCUACACAGAUAGGAAUCGUUCAAUCUCCAAUGUGUACAUUUUCAACAGAAAAUAUAGAAUACACUUCCAUUCAGCAGAUACCUGGAGGCCAUGAGACUGUCGCCAGCGCCGCCGAAGAUGGAGGAGAUUGGGGUGGCACUGUGUGGCUGCGGGAGGGCAGGCACCAUCCACAUGGGCAACCUGGUGAAGAACCCGCGCGUGCGGCUGCUGUACGUGGUGGAAGACGCCGAGGACCGCUGGCCGGCCAUCCGCGCCUUCUGGCAGCUGGGCGACGACACGCGUCUGCUGCGGAGCAAGGACUUGAGCACGGUGCUGGCGGACGCGCGCGUGCAGGCGCUGGUGGUGGCCACGCCCACCCGCUCGCACGAGGCCAUCGUGACGGAGGCCCUGCGCGCGCGCAAGGCCGUCUUCUGCGAGAAGCCCAUUGCCGGAGACCUGGAGGGCACGAGGCGCUGCUACAGGCUGGCGCGGGAGGUGGGCCGGCCGCUGCUGUGCGCCUUCAACAGGCGCUUCGAUCCGUCCUUCAGCCAAGUGCGGCGAGAGGUGCGCGAGGGUAAGGUGGGGCACGUGCACAUGAUCAAGACGACCAGCCGCGAUUCGCCCAUGCCCUCGCUCGAAUACCUCGAGACCUCAGGCGGCAUCUUCUGCGACUGCGCGGUGCACGACAUCGACAUGGUGCUGUGGGUGCUAGGCGAGCUCCCUCGUCGUGUCGCCACCAUCGCUCGCUCCAACAUCCCAGAGAUCGACGGCAUCGGCGACUGGGACACGGUAGCUAUCACCCUUGACUUCCCCAGCGGCUCCGUGGGCUUCAUUGACCUGAGCCGGCGCUCCAACUACGGCUACGACCAGCGGCUGGAGGUGUUCGGGCCGCGGGGCAUGGUGAGCUGCGGCAACGAGCACCCGACGCCCGGCGUGCACAUCACCACCCCCGACCACGUCGCCACCAGCGCGCCCAUCUGGUACUCGUACCCGUCCCGCUUCGCCCAGGGCUACGCCCGCGAGUUGGAGCACUUUCUGGACGCCGUGCAAGGCAAGACAAAGCUGUCGGUGACGAGUCGCCAGACGGAGGCCGUGGUGAAGAUCGCAGCUGCGCUGACCAAUGCGGCCAGGACUGGGCAGGCAGUGGACUUGGAGUGGGGCCCGGAGGAGCAGCUGCUGGAGGAGGAAUGAGGCCGAAGCCGGGACAAACGCCACCUUUACCAAGCGACAAGAUGCAAUGUAGACAUAAGAGAUAAAGACACAGUAAUUAAUUUGUA